CGGGGGUUUGCUCAGGGUUCAGCUCCUUCUUGCUGUCGGAUGUUUUUCUUCACCUUCAUCCACUCGCUGCAAUCUUGUCUCACUGUUGGCGGUCUUGAUUAUUUCUAGCAAUUGGCUGGCCGCUCGGUCUGAUUUAGUCCCAUGCUUGCCCUCCCAUAGCAGCAGAUACACCACUUGUACUCGGCCUCUAUACACCAUCUCCAUCACCAACCACAACCAUGGCGCCCACCGGACCCAUCACCACUCCCAUCACCACCCUGCUGGGGAUUCAGCAUCCUGUUAUCCUUGCUGGCAUGGCCCGCACUUCUGGAGGCCGCCUUGCCGCCGCCGUCUCCAACGCUGGCGGUCUGGGCGUCAUCGGCGGCUUUAUGUACACGCCGGACCAGCUCCGCGAGAUCAUUGCCGAGCUCAAGGCGAAUUUGAAGAGUCCGGACCUCCCUUUCGGCGUGGACCUGGCGCUGCCACAGCUGGGGGGCAAUGCGCGCAAGACCAACCACGACUACACACACGGGAAGCUGGAUGAGCUGAUUGACAUCACCAUCGACAGCGGCGCAAAGCUGUUUGUCUGCGCGGUGGGCGUGCCGCCGAAACACGUCCUGGAGAAGCUUCACAAGAAUGGCAUCCUGGUGAUGAACAUGGUCGGCCAUCCAAAGCACGCGGUCAAGGCUCUGGAUCUGGGCGUCGAUAUUGUGUGUGCUCAGGGUGGCGAAGGAGGUGGCCACACCGGCGACGUGGCCAAUUCAGUCCUGAUUCCAGCGGUAGUUGACGUGGCACGACGAUACAAGCCGCCCAUGCUGAAGGGCUCGCCAGCUCUUGUCGUCGCUGCGGGAGGCAUCUGCAAUGGACGGGGCCUGGCCAGUUCGCUGAUGCAGGGCGCCGUGGCCGUGUGGGUGGGCACGCGAUUCCUCGCUUCAGACGAAGCUGGCUGCAGCGAGGAGGCCAAGAAGGCGGUGGUGACGUGCGGCUUUGAAGGCACGGAGCGAACGCUGGUGAUUACGGGCCGGCCACUGCGUAUGAGGACCAACGGCUAUAUCCAGAGCUGGCAUGACCGGCCGGGCGAGAUCAAGAAGUUGGUGGAGAAGGGAGUGAUUCCGAUGGAGAAUGAUCUGGACGAGGGCCGGGACAUUGACAUUCCGCAUUUGAUGGGGCAGGUUGCGGGAGCCAUUGAUAAGAUUCAGCCCGCGGGAGAAAUUGUUGCCGAGAUGGUGCAGGAGGCAGUUGACAUGCUGAAGCUGGGAGGGACGUAUUUGACGGCGAAGAGCCAUUUGUAAGUGAGUAUAAGAUGAACGCUAAUGCGUGAUGCCAUGUUCUGCUUUUUGUCUAUUAGGACAUUUAUAAUACAAAUAACAUGUGCAAAAAAGAAACACGAGCUAAGAUAAAUAAUUCUUAUAUCCAUUGACGGCUGACGAG